CAAGAUAUGUGCGUAUAGACUAGUUCUUUGUCGGAAAGGGGACGUGUAGAGAAAAUCCUCACUAUUCACCCACCUGGGGUCAAGACGGAGAGGAUAUUCACUUUGUUGGUUGACAGGAAGAGCUGUGGAAACACAACAGGGCGCAUGAACUGGCCUGGACUCCGGUAAAACACAAGUUAGCUUACUUGCAAAGUUCUCUAUGGAACAGCUUAUCGAUCUUCUUUCUUCUCUUUUCUGUAUCUAUAGAUCACUCACAUCUGCCAAAUUGGAGUCAGGGAGCAAUGCAACCCAUAGCUCGAUCCAGGCAGAAAAUGUAAUGAUCAUCUUACAGAACGCAGAUAAGCCCUUUGCUGGUUCCAGUGAGGAAUCCAAACCCCCAAAAAAGUGCAAGACGUCUCAAAACCAAGAGUUCCGCAUCUUAGUUUCUGCAAGCCACCUCACCUUUGUGUCGUCAGUCUUCAAAAGCGCCCUUGAUGGAACUUGGAAGGAGGGCAUUACACUCCGCACUGCAGGCUCAGUCAAUAUCACUGCGGACGGUUGGGAUCUCGAGGCCUUUCUAAUUCUGUUGAGAAUCUGUCACUGCAAGCACCACCAAGUUCCUCGAACGGUUAGCCUUGAAUUACUUGCAAAGAUCACUAUUUUGGUGGAUUAUUAUCAGUGCUUCGAUGUCCUGCAAUUUUUCGCGGAUACGUGGAUUGAAUGCUUAGAGCAGGACUUUCCAACACAAUACUCGAGAGACUUGCUGUUAUGGGUGUGGAUAUCUUGGGCUUUAAAGCUGCCUGCUCUCUUUAAACAGGCAACAAGGAUCGCUAUAAGCCAAGCCACGGAUUCAAUUCCGGCACUAGGUUUACCAAUCCCACAGAAAAUUAUCGGUAAAACCAGUUGCGCCGCUGCUUGACAAAUAGCUACUGAUAGGCCCAAUAGAUAACAUUAACAGAAAGAGAGAAGCGAUAUAUCCGUAUAUAUUUGCCACGCUAGAUGACCUUCAAAAAUCUCUCAUUGCGGCAGAAAACGGUUGCUCUUCUGGAUGCAGGCCAAUUAUGCUUGGUAUUUUGAUUCUACAGAGGCAUUCGAAUGGUUUACUCACACCAGAUGACACAGCACCUCUUGUAAGUUUGUAGGUUGGUGACCUUAUGACAAAAGUAGGUGAACUUAGUCCCCCAGCAUGGCAUCCAGGAGGGAAUUACUUUUCUAACUGUCAUGUGGAUAUCUUGUCUUGCAUGAUAUCAGAA